ACGUGCAUGCAUAAACCCCACUGGUUGUUAUUCUCUGCUGUGAAGGUUCUCCUUCAAUUCUUGCGGAGAAAGCCUGUAAGUCUGUAACUUACUAACAGAAUCAAUUACUACCAAAAUAAUGGGUCAUAACAAAACUAGGCGAUCGAAAAUUCACAAUUCCCAUCGUGGGCAAUCCAGCAGGACCAAUCAACUGGAUCGAGAAGAUGAGUCGCUUCCAUCUGAUCAAGUUCCGGAAGCGAACGCAAAUGUCCCCAGAAUACAGCUUGCAAUGUGGGACUUUGGACAAUGUGAUGCAAAAAGGUGUACAGGACGCAAACUUGCAAGAUUUAGUUUAUUGAAAGAGUUACGUGUCAGUAAUGGUUUUGGAGGCAUUGUUCUAAGUCCUGUUGGGACUCAAUGUGUCUCUAAAGAAGAUCAUAGCUUAAUAAAGAGGAAAGGAUUAGCUGUCGUGGAUUGCUCGUGGGCACGUUUGAGUGAUGUACCAUUUGUGAAAUUGCGUUGUGCUGCUCCUCGGUUGUUACCGUGGCUUGUAGCAGCAAAUCCUGUAAAUUAUGGUCGACCCUGUGAACUGUCUUGCGUAGAAGCAUUAUCUGCAGCUUUGAUAAUAUGUGGGGAAGAGGACACUGCAGAGUUGUUGCUGGGGAAAUUCAAAUGGGGUCAUGCUUUCUCGAGUCUUAACAGAGAACUUCUAAAGGCAUACUCUGAAUGUGAAAAUAGUGCUGCCAUCAUUUCUGUCCAAAAUGAUUGGCUUUCUGCACAAAGUCAGGUUCCAAAAGCAGUCCCAGAAGUUGAAGCAGCAGAAGUAAGCAAAGAUGAGGGAUCUUAUAGUGAUUCAGAUGAUGGGCUUCCACCACUCGAAAGGAAUAUGAAUCAUUUGAACUUCCAAGAAAGUGAUGAUGAAAGUGAGUAGGUAGAAUCCUACUACAUUUGCGGUUACAUGGUGACUCACAGCAAGAACAGCUCCAUUCCCACAUCUGCUUCCUUGGAUUGAUAGCUCUUGAGCCUUAACCUUUUCUCCCAGACUAACGCGACUCUUUAAUUGUUAGAGUAAUUUCCUUUGUAAAACCAAAGCAGUUGCUUGGAUCUACUAUCUAUAACUGUUAGGAUUAUCAAGUCACGGCAAAACUGGUAGAUCGGUGCAAAAAGAAUAAGGUUUCUUUGGAUUUUCUUACAGUUUAGUCUGUAUGUUACGUAAAUGGUUCGAUACUAUCAGAUAGUUGCUUCGAAGACCUGCCUGUAGAAAGAGCUGUUCCUCCCAAGCAGUGGCAUUGUAAAUAUGCUUUUCAUAUCAUUUAUAGUAGCUGAAGAAUUGUUUACAUGCUUUCGCAUCAUAUGCUUUUAUACCUAUGAGGUAAGUUACUAUGACGCAAAGUGCACUUCAACAAAAUUUUACCAGCAAUGCUAUAAUUAGGAUUUGUUAUUUAUACUUGUUGGUCGGAUGUAUCAGUCAAGCGUAUGUAUACUGAUUACUGAGUGAGCAAAAUCAUUCAGAAAUAUUUACAAUACUUGCAUUUAGGAUUUUUAAAUCA